CUAGGAUCAACCAAAUCAAUUGUUAUCAACAUGCUCUACAUACAAUUGCUACUCGCUGCUGGAGUACUAUCAGUUCAUUCUGUUUUAUCUAUAUCAUUUAAAGAAGCUACGGAAGCUUGCACAAAAAUACAUGGAAUUGACGCCAAUAUGGAGAAGAUGGAUUUCAAAGACCCAGAUUUCCCACAACAAAAGAAGUGCGCUGUGGCUUGUAUAUUAGACAAAAAAGAUGUGUUCAAGGAUGAUGGAUCCAUUGACAUUAAAAAGGAUAAAAAGCUAUUAGAGGAAGCAUUACAAGAUGAAGAAUUAAGAGAGAAGUAUUUAAAGGCUGUUGAUGAAUGCGACAUACCAGUGAAAAAAAAUAAGUGCGAAACAGCUUACGAGUUUGUCAAGUGCAAGGAAACCAACGUAAGAAAAAUGAUUUAAAUACAUUUUGUUUUCAUUAAAUAGAUUUGAUAG